AUGGAACUGUAUGUAAGCUCUCUUUCAGACCGUGCUAGUGAUAAAGCUACUCACCAGAUCUACGCAAUCAAGCAUGUAAUCCCUGACAAUGAAGGAGUAAUUUCUAAUCAGCUUGCCAUCACUUCUUUUCGCGAAAUAGAAAUUCUUCUCUCUAUUGACCACCCAUAUAUAGCCAAAUUAAUAGAAGUCGUCACAGGACGAAAAGGAGUUUUUCUCGUUUUGGAGUAUGGCGGAAGAGAUUUAGCUUACCUUUAUGACAGCUCUGCAAGCAGGGCAUCUUUACUCCACCAUCCGUCUCCUACGUUAUAUACAGAAAUACAAAUUAAAAAAUUCAUUAGGGAUCUACUGAGAGCUGUAGCAUAUUUGCAUCAGCAGGGGAUCAUUCAUAGGGAUUUGAAAUUGUCAAAUUUAUUGAUUGAUGAAGAAAAUAACUUAAAAUUGUGCGAUUUUGGGCUGGCAAGAAGGUAUGCGAGGAUUUUGACACCAAAUGUAGUAACUUUGUGGUAUAGAGCGCCUGAGAUAUUGCUGGGAUGCAGAGAUUAUACACAAGCUAUUGAUAUGUGGUCUGUAGGGUGCAUUUUUGCAGAAAUGCUUAAUAAUGGCAAGCCAAUUUUGCCUGGGAAUAAUGAAGCUGACCAAUUUCAGCUGAUUUGUAAAUUGAUUGGAGAGCCAAAUGAAAAUAUUUGGCCGAGAUAUGCUGAAAUCAGACACAGCUUUUCAGUUCCAAGAAACCCGUACAAUACUUUGAACCUUCUAUUUUCUAAUUAUUCUCAUGAAUGCCUAGAUUUUUUGAAUUCUCUAUUGGUUUGGGAUCCAUCAAAAAGGCUGACUGCCUCAGAAGCGCUGCUGAAUUCAUAUUUGGCCUAUUAG